ACACAAUUCAAAGGAAACCCCAAUAAGCAAAGCAACAUGGUCUACGGCUGCUGCUCAGGCUCCUCGUUGUUUUUGGCUGGCCGCUGCUGCAGCGUCCCCACGGGGCCGGCCACCACCAUCUGCUCUUCGGACAAGUGCUGCCGCUGCGGGGUCUGCCUGCCCAGCACCUGCCCUCAUGAAAUCACCCUCCUCCAACCCACCUGCUGCGACCUCGGCCCCACUCCUUGCUGCGUGCCCGAUACCUACGUGGCGUCCUGCUGGCUGCUAAACUCCUGCCACCCAACUCCCGGCCUCUAUGGGAUCCCCGUGACCACCUGCAUUCAGCCUUGCCCCUGUGACUGCUAAUGAGGCCAAAAAUCUAGGGCUGGCUUAGCAGCGUUUUCUGCGCUCACAAUACGCUGCUGAAUUCUUCCUGUUCCGGCCCUUGAAGAAGCCCCUCUUCGCCAACUCUGCUAUGUAUCGCCAACUCUCGAAGGUCACCUCAUCUCAGUUAA